AACACGGUGUUGCAGAUUGGGGGUGGGGAUAUAGUGUGUCAAGCGGCGGAGAAGUAGCGAGCUGAUCAGCAUCCAGGCCGAGAUAUCGUAGGAUACGCCCUGAACGGUACCGAUAGCACCCAACAAUUAGAGGUGAAUGUCUUUUCGGAAACACCGGCGGCAGCUUUCGGCGAAGGUGAUGUUCAGACUGAACUCUGCGGCUGGCAAGUGAUAGGGUUUCCAAUAAAUCGGUACCAGAUCUUGUAACAACCCCAGUGUUACCAUGGCAACAGUUGUGAUGGAACAGAUUGGCAGACUCUUCAUUAAUAUCCAGCAGAUCCGUCAGAUCCCUAGCCUGGUGGAGCAGUCCAUUCCCAGCCUGCCAUGCACAGUGAAGGAUUGUGAAGUGCCGCAGAUAUUCCGGGAGCCCUAUAUCUGCUCGGGCUACAGGCCCGUGGAGCAGAGCUGGCGUUACUACUUCUUCACUUUGUUCCAGCGGCACAAUGAAUCUGUCAAUGUUUGGACCCACCUGAUUGCUGCACUGGUCAUUGUCCUGAAACUCCAGGAGCUGUCCCAGACAGUGGACUUCUUCUCUGACCCCCAUGCACUACCACUAUUGAUCCUCUUCCUGUCUGCCUUCACCUAUUUGACUUUCAGCUCCUUGGCCCAUCUAUUACAUUCUCGCUCAGAAUUUGCUCACUACUCCUUCUUUUUCUUGGACUAUGUUGGUGUGGCCAUCUAUCAGUAUGGUAGUGCUUUGGUCCAUUACUACUACUCUGCUGAAGAGGAGUGGUACCACAUCAUCAAAACAUUCUACCUCCCGAUGGCUACUACAUUGGCUUGGAUGUCCUGUAUAGGAUGCUGCUACUCAAAAUCCAAUGCCAAAGUACUGCAACCCAGGACACGCAAACUCUAUCAGGUAGUGCCAGCAGCGCUGGCCUAUGUGCUGGACAUUAGCCCUGUGGUACACCGGAUAUACAAUUGCUAUUCCUCUGGUUGCACUGACCCCACCAUUUGGUAUCAUGCAGGCCAGAUCAUCUUCUUCCUCAUAAGUGCUCAUUUCUUCUCUUGCCCUCACCCUGAGAAGUGGUUCUCGGGAAAGUGUGACAUUUUCCUGCAGGGGCACCAGAUUUUCCAUGUGUUCAUGGUCUUGUGCACCCUGGCCCAACUGGAGGCUGUCCAUUUGGAUUACAAACACAGGCAGCACUUCUACCAGGUUUUUCACAGGGACUCCACAUGGUCUGUGGUCACCAGUUUUGUGCUGAUCAUCUCCUCCAGCAUUGCCACAGCGGUUUACAUGAGGCACCUCGUCAAAAUCAAACUUGGCCACAAGGAGAAAUGAAGUCUGCCGCUUCUCAAUCUUGUAUAAUCUUCGUCUUCAAUGCACCAUCUAUUUGGGGGUUCGGUGUGGUUGGGGGUGGACAGAAGGGGAAAGAUGGCCAUACCUUCCACUUGGCAGCAUGGCCAGGAUUUUUAAUCAUGGUUCGAACUUGGCAUCAAUGUUUUUUGCAGUGGGACAGGCAGCAAUUUUGGAAAACAUCAAGCAUGUGCACAGAAUUAUCAUUGUAAAUGCUGAUGAUCUUGUAUCUUGUGCAGUACACUCAACUUCAGAUGUUGUGAAUUCAUUUGGAUAGCACUGGUUCAAGCUACAUUUUCCAUAGUAAACAGAUUUGCUCAACAGGUGUUGCUGAGUAGAGUUUAGAUGAUUGCCUUUUGACUUUGGGUAUUGUUCAAUAUGCCAAUGCUUAAACAUGAAUAUAGAAAACAAUGGACCAUUUAACUCAUCAACCAUUCCUUCGCCUGUUCACUUAUUUGUUUCCUUUUUUUGCAGUGUAGUGUUCACAAUUUUCAAUAGUCCAAAGCUAAAUAUUCCUAUACUGUACUAUUUGGCUGUUACCGGUUGCCUGAUUCAUAACAUGUACCAAAAGCUAACACUUCGGAUUGGGCAGGAAUGCAGUACAUUAUAAUGUCAUGGAGCUUGUGCUGACCUGUGUGUGAUAAUUCCUGUCCACUGCUCAAUGGUACCAUUUUAGUUGUGGAAAUGAAGUAUUGCAGCAAAACAGCCUGACAAAAUCAGUGCAUCUCAUUUCUCUUCCUGGACAUUUCUGACGUUUCAACUCCAUACCAGUACAUCCCAUUCAGCCCCUCAUCAGCUGAAUGGAGACUUCUCAGUGAAGUUGUCCACCAUAUUGACGUCAUUGCAAGCUCAGCUGAUGUAAUAUCAGCACCAAGGGAAGAAAGGAAAUUUCCUGGUAUGAGUCAUUAAAUUUCUACACAAUUGAUUUGAAAAUCCUCCAAAAGUAGGUGUGCAGUUUGCUAGGUGUUAUUUAGAUGAUGUUUUCUGCCACUGGUACCAGAUAUCUUUUACAAAACAUAUUGUUUGAUUGCACUGCUACAAUAUUUGAGCCACUUUGGGGAAGGAAGAAGAACAAACUUGCAUUUAUAUAGUACCUAUCAUUACCCCAUGAUAUCCCAUUGCAUCCAAUAAAAUAUUUUAGUGAAGUGUAGUAACUGUGUAGUAACUAAUAAAUUAGCAAAUACAGCACCCAACUUGUGUACCACACAAGAAAUAUUAUAAUGACCAGAUAAUCUGCUUUGGUGAUGUUCGUUGAUGAAUUAAUAAUAGCCAAGACACUGGGGCGAGCUCCUUUCUCCACUUAGAAAUAGUGCGAUGGGAUCUAUUAUGACAGCCUGAGAGGGCAGACAAGGUCUUGGUUUAACAUUUCAACUGAAAGAUGAUAUCUCGACAGUACAACACUACUUCAAUACGGAAUUGGGAGUGUUGAUUUAAAUGUUCUGCUUAAGUCUCUGGGAUAGGGCAUGAACCUAUGGUCUCAUGACCCUAGCAAAAGUGGUACCCACUGAGCCUCUGGUGAUGAGGGCAGCCUGUGAGCAGGUUGAAGAUCUAACAGCAUUGCAGUCAGAAAACCCCACACCGGAUAUAUUACGCUUGUUAUUGGACAAAUAGAAUGAGAGAGGGAGGCCAGUUAGCUCAGUAGGCUAGCUGGUUAGCAUGUGGUUCAGAGUAACAACAACAGCAUUCUGGCUGAAUUAGACUUGGGGCCUGCCUCUUGGUCCUGCCUCUGGGAGUGGGAGGUAAGUGGCAAAGCACCACUGACAAAAACUGGCUCAGGGUGAAGCAUCAGCAGACAAUGAGCCAAGGAGCUGGCUUUGGGAAGCGUACACAUGAAUGAAAGUGAGUGGGUGAUCAUAAAGAAGAAAUUAUGGCUACAGCAAAUGGACCCUUUAUUGACUGAGCAUGAACUGUCAUUUGUGUUGAGUGUUGAUGAGUUUUCUAAGGGGAAUCAAUCUAGUUGAUAUUGUCUUCAGUGGCAACUUAAAGCUGAAAUGCUCCUUAUCAGUUCCUUCUUCCUCAAUGCAUUUUUUUUUGUGCUCGAUCCACACCCCUGCUGCUCUUGGAUAGUAAGGUGAAAUUUUUUUCAUUCAUGGGAUGUUGGUGUCGCUGGCUAGGCCACUAUUUGUGUGGUUAGAAUCUUCCUCUAAUGGGCACUUGAGGGAGAGAAGGUGGUGGGGGCAGUGGAGACACACAGAUGGAGACAGUUUUGAUGAAGUGGAGUUAAUUUUUCAAUCUGUACAUAUCACCCUAAAAUAAAAAUGGGAUCAUAUCUCUUUCAGUCUAUAAA